ACCUCUCGUCUUGCUUGGUUCCACUACGUACUUAGACAUCUAGCUAGCUAGCUACCUUUAAUCACCACAAGAUGGCUACAACCAAGCUGAUGUGGUCCGUUGCCGUCGUCGUCCUGCUAAGCAUAGGAUUGGCCAACGCCAUCAGGGUAGUAAGACACGACGGCGCCGCCACCGCCGAUGGCCAGGGUAGCGGAGGCGGAGGCGGAGGCGGGAGAUCAGGACCCAGUCAGGGCUCCGGGUUCGGUACCGGUUCCGGUUCCGCCGAGGCCUACAAUGACAAAAACUACGCGUAUGCCAGCGGAGGCGGAAGCGGAUCCGGCCGCUAUAGAGGCCGGGACGAGACCGCCUCCGGUUACGGUUCCGGGGGCGCUUCCGGCAUAGGCCACGGUGAUUCCAGUACCUCGGACACCGGCAGCUCGACUACGAACGCGAGCGGAGGAGGAGGCGGCGGUGCCUCUGGAGGAAGCAAGGGGAAUGGUAGCGGCUCUGGCACCGCCAGGGGAGGUGGAUCAGGGAUAGGUGAUUCCUAUGGUCCAUCCGGUUCCAGCUAUGCCAACAGCGGCGGUUCUGGAGGUGCUGACGGCAGCGGUCGUGAUGGUGGGUUUGGCGGUGGUUCUGGAGGAGGAUCAGGGAGCAGCAGUAGUGCAACAACAGGGAACAGUAACGAUGGAUCAACCCCUUAAACUAGUUUAUGUUUCUCGAAAUAAUUCGGCCGGCUAGCUCGAUAUCUGGUCUCCGGCCACUGCCUAUGGUUGUUCUACUCUAUCUAGCGUGUGAGUGUCUAAGUGUGUUACACUCUAUGUUCUUUGUAUACACGUUUGUAUUCGGUUUUUCUUGUAAAAGUUGGGCCAAUGGCAUUACUUCUAAACAGAAUAUUUACGUCCGAAAGGAAUUCUCGGACUAUGGCCUAGUA